AUGUCCAACUUAGCGCAGAACACCGGACUGCACAAUUUGCCCCUUGAGAUCUUUGAGUUAACCCUUACACACCUGGACCUUAAAUCGAUCAAGGUUCUCCGCUUAGUCGACCGAAAGCUGGCAGAGAAGUGCAUCGGGCCCCGAUUCCUAAGGUGCAUUCAACAGCCUGUCCUUGAUGUCUCACCGCAGAGUCUUCGCUCUCUGCAUGCGUUGGCGUGUAAUCCUGUACUCAGCAAGAAGAUCCACUCGCUGACAUUUCUUGCCACGACUAUGGAACCUUCUGAGUUAGACAAGAAUAUCAAAUCUGGAAAGUAUGUGGCGCAGAAACUUAAUAAGCUCGGAAACGUUGUUUCCAGAACCAAGGUCAGAUUUACGCCAGAGGAACUGGAAAAAGCCAAAUCUGAUCUGUGCUGGCUCAAUGAACAGCAAGAAGCUAGAGACCAGGAGUCACCCAGCGAGAUGAUGGAGGUCCUGCAACUUACGCUCAAUCUGUUUGGAACCUUGGAUGUUAUCCGCUUUGAUGGCGGGGUCCUCCGCGGUCGGACGGAGAGAAAGGCUCCCAAUUCUAGAGACUGGCAGCCACUCUGGGCGCGAGCCGCGCAAAUCUUCUUGUUGGUUUCGAAGGCAAUGGUGCAGAGUAGGAUCUCGGUGAAGAGCCUCGAUAUAUUUCGUGAUACAGAUAAAUGCUGUAUUCCGAUUGACAAGAUUACCGAUAUUGCAUUGAAUCUUGGCUCAGCGCAGCUGGGGAUGCUCGGCAAGGAUCUGAUAUCGCUUAAGCUCAGUAUUUCUAUGGCUAUGGAGGAUUCUCUUCAAGACGAGGAGGAAGAUGAGGAAGAGGAGGAAGAGGAGGAAGAGGAGGAAGAGGAGGAAGAGGAGGAAGAGGAAGAAAAGGAAGAAGAAGAAGAGGAUACCCGGCCUGUGCUAGAGGAUGGAACAUCCGGAAUAGCAUCACUCUUUCUCAAAUCUGCACCAGCUCUUCGAGAGCUGAACUUGGCAUUCCGGCGCACUGCAUAUGGACGGAAAUUAUUUCACUACUACGAUAGGAUCGUCGACAGUAUCGCUCAUAAAACCCAAUUGCCAUUGCUGGAAAGAUGUGCGUUAUCCGGGUUCGCGGUCAAAGGACAGUCCCUGCUGCUUUUUCUCAAAAAGCAUUCCAACCUCCGCUCGUUGACACUGCAUGAGUGUCACCUAACCUCUGGGUCAUGGACCCCGGUCUUUGCUUAUCUGGAGUGUUCGAUGCCAAGACUGGAGAAUCUCAGCCUUAAGAACCUGUUUGGGAGACAUAUGCAGAACCUGAAGGAUCAUGCUUUACCCGAUCCGACUCUUGGGCAAGAAACAGAGGAUGCCGAGCAGGAGGGCAAGGGGCUGGUGGUCCUGCUGCCAAUCUGGGAUACAAAUCGGCCACCGCGUUGCACACGCUACUCGCAUUCGAACGGUUUAGCUGUGCACACCAGGGACUUUACCCGCGAGGACUUGGCCAAAGGACUGGUGUUUCAGCCUCUUAGAAAAGGGCCUGGACGCGCUCUUGGUUCCCCUGAGCUUAUGCGCUGGAAUAAAUCUAGGACUUAA